GUUCUACGGGUGAUAAGAAGACUGCUGGUGGUCUUUCAGGAGGCAUUAAAGAAAGUGACCACGUGCCUCUGGAGAACCAGGAAGUCUUCUCCUUAAAAGAAAGAAUGGCUUUGUACCAGGCUGCUGCAUCUAAAGUAGAGAUCAGCAACUCCUCUGCUAAUGCUCUGGAGGAAUCAGGGGCAUGCAGAAUACCUGGAGGCCUGGCAAGUGUGAAGAACCAGUUUGAAAAAGGAGAAGCUCAGUACCAAUAUCAGCAAAAAUCUGUACAGAAGAUGACAAGUCAGAGUCAAACCAUGAUGUCUGGCAGAAGGACAGAAACCAGCAUAAAUGAAGCGACCUCAAAAGGAAUGCAGCUGGAAGCAUUUCAAUCAGAAAAGGUUACCCAUCAGGGGCAAGCUUCUAUGGAGGCCAAGAAAACUUCUACCAUCAAUCAAAAUAUUGAUAAAACAGGAGUCAAUGCAUCUGUGAAAGAGGAUAUUCCAAAGAUCUCUACACAAUGUUUGAAGCAGCACUUUGAGAAAACAACCCAAGGAAAGACAUUUCAUUCUGGACGAGAAAAUGGAACAGCUCCAAAGCAGAUCAAGAUUGAAAACGGGUAUCAAGAAAUGGUGUGGCCUUCUGCAAAUUUUCAUUCUUCUGCUGAAGCUACUUCUACGAGUAGAGAACAGGGAACGUAUAUGGCAAGGAAAACAGAGCACACGACUGCUGCCUCAACUCCAGCCUAUAACAAGUUUCCAAAGUAUGGCAGUACAGAGGAAUUUCCCCCUCCACCAUCACCAGAUUUACUACAGGUUCCCUCUGAAAUGACAGAGUUUUCCCAGUCCCCUGACCCCCCUCUCUCUCCAUCUAAGCAAGUUCUUCCCAAAGAUUUAUAUUCCAGGCAAAGAAAUCUUUAUGAAUUAAACCGUUUAUACAAACACAUUCACCCUGAAUUAAGAAAGAAUUUAGAAAAAGAUUACUUCAAGGAAAUUUCUGAUAUAGUCUCUGGUAGCAACACUGAAAUGGAUACCUCAGUUGUAGGAGAUGUACUUCAGGCUAAACAAGUCUUUGAAAACAGAGAAAGCAGCCCUCAAAAAAGCAUGAGCCCAGAAAGAGAAUAUUUAGAAUGGGAUGAGAUCCUAAAGGGAGAGGUCCAAUCUAUGAAGUGGAUUUUUGAAAACCAGCCCCUGGAUUCAAUAAAAGAUGAAUCUCCCGACCAAAACAAUGUUAAAAGCAUUGCAGGUCAAGAAAUAAUUGCGGGAGGAGAUGUUAAGUAUACUACCUGGAUGUUUGAAACACAACCCAUAGAUGCACUGAGUGCAAAUUUUUCAGAUGAUGCAGGAACAGCAGAUCGAAUACCAGACCUGGCCCGAGGAGAUGUCCGCACAGCCACAUGGAUGUUUGAAACUCAGCCACUGGAUUCAAUGAAUAAAAUUCACCACGAGCAGGAAGAAGAAGAAUCAAAUGAAAAUUUGGUCAACGAAAUCACCGGUGGAGAUGUCAAAACAGUGAAAUAUAUGUUUGAAACACAGAACUUGGAUAGUCUUGGGCAGCUAUAUUCAGUGGAUGAAGCUAAGCUGUUGCAGCUCAGAUCAGAACUAAAGGAGAUUAAAGGUGACGUAAAGAGAAGCAUAAGGCAUUUUGAAACAUUACCGCUGUAUGUUAUUAGAAACAAUUUAGGUCAAAUGCUAGAAAUUAAAACAGUCCACAGAGAAGAUCUUGAGAAAGGAGAUGUCAAAACAGUCCGUUGGAUGUUUGAAACUCAGCCUCUCGAUGUUAUCAACAAAGAGGCGGUGGAAAUCAAAGUUGUCCAUGGAAUUUCCAUGGAAGAAAACAUUAAAGGUGAAGUGAGCAGGGCAAAAUGGUUAUUUGAAACCCAGCCUUUAGACACUAUUAAAGAGUCUGAGGAAUCUGCUGGAGAAAAAGAGAUUGUUCUGGGCACUGAUGUCUGCAGAAAAUGUUGGCUGUUUGAGACUCAGCCUCUGGAUACCUUAAAAGAAAAUGAAAACACAAAUGUUUUCCCCGCCGUAGAAAUAAUCGGAGGAGAUGUAAAUGCUACUAAACACCUAUUUGAAACAUUGCCCAUGGAUAUGUUAAAAGACAGCCCAGAUGUUGAAAAACUUCAAAAAAUGGUUGCAACUGAGGAAGAGAAAGGCGAUGUGAAGCAUCAGAAAUGGAUUUUUGAGACGAAACCUCUUGAACUGAUUAGAGAAGAGAGAAAAGAAUUCAUAAGAACGGUGAAACUGGAGGAAAUUGACAAGGGAGAUGUGAGCAGCUGUAAGCAGGCAUUUGAAACGUGUUGCUUAAGCAAACAUAAUGACUCAAACAAAAUCCAGGCUGAAGGCGUAACAAGAGGUGCCGUAAAAUUUAAUAAAGACAUUUUCGAAACUACCCCAUUAUACGCUAUCCAGGAUAAUCUUGGGAAAUAUCAUAAAGUUAAAACAAUUCGUCAAGAAGAGGUGAUCCAAGGUGAUGUCAGAAACUGCAGGUGGCUUUUUGAAACAAGACCUAUCGACCAGUUUGAUGAGAGUAUUGAGAAAAUUGAGAUUAUCAAAGGGAUAACCUCCAAAGAAGUACAGUCGGGUGAUGUGAAAACAGCAAAAUGGCUGUUUGAAACGCAGCCUCUAGACUCCAUUAAAUAUUUUAGCAAUGUAGAAGAGGAAGAAAGCAAGCCACAGACGGAGGCUACGGAAGUGGUCAAAGGGGAUGUCAGGAUGUGCAAGUGGUUAUUUGAAACUCAGCCAAUGGAAUCUCUGUAUGAGAAAGAGACAACAGUAACAAACACUGAUGAAAUGCAGAGAGGAGAUGUGAAAACAUGUACCUUGCUAUUUGAAACACAAUCUCUUGAUGCAAUAGGGGUAGAAUCAGAAACAGCUAAUAAGCUACACACAGUUGAGCAAGAGGAUAUUCAAGGCAGUGAUGUCCGCACAGCGUGUUUCCUUUUUGAGACGGAAAAGCUAGAAAAUAUACAAGGAGAGGAAGACAAAGAACUCAAGCAAAUUGUGGAAAUUGAUAUCCAGCCUGGUGAUGUCUCUACCAUGAAAUAUAAAUUUGAGACGCAACCAUUAGACUCACUCAGUAUCAACUCAGAAGAAGUUCUGAACAAAAUUAAAACCAUACAAAGUGAAGAUAUACAAAAAGGAAAUGUUUUGCAUUGUUGUUGGCUUUUCGAGAAUCGGUCCCUAGGUGAGAUUUCAGAGGACAAAGAAGAAAGGACCUCUGCCCAAACUAUUACAGAUGUACAAGAUGGGCAUGUGAAAAAUGGUUGUUUCAUCUUCGAGACGUUUUCUCUGGACCAGAUUAAAGAUGAAGAAUCCGUGGAUGAAAGUAUCAAGAAAACCAUAAACCAAGAAGAAAUAACAAAGGGGGACGUGAAAAGCUACAAAAUGCUUUUUGAGACCCAGCCACUUUAUGCAAUUCAGGACACAGAAGGAUAUUAUCACGAAGUGACUACAGUUAGGAAGGAAGAAGUUAUCCAUGGAGAUGUACGUGGAACCCGGUGGCUAUUUGAAACGAAGCCUUUAGGCUCAAUAAACAAGUCUGAAAAUGUGUAUGUUAUAAAAUCAGUCACCCAGGAAGAUAUCCAGAAAGGAAAUGUUAGCUCAGUUAGGUACCGAUUUGAAACACAGUCAUUGGAUAUGAUUUCAGAUGAGGAGAAGUUCAUUGUUCCCACCGUUAACAGUGUCCAGGGUGGCAAUGUGAAAGCCAACAAGAAAUUAUUUGAAUCCGAAGAAACCCAGGGAGACAAGUAUGUAAGAACAGUGAAUGUCAGCGAAAUACAACAAGGCAAUGUGAAAACAUGUACUUGGCUAUUUGAAACACACACUAUUGAUGAAAUUAGAGGGGAAGAUUCAGAAUAUAAAGACAUCCAGACAGUAACGAGGGAAGAAGUUCAGGAGGGGGAUGUUCAGCAUGCAGUAUGGCUCUUUGAAAACCAGCCUCUGGAUUCCAUUAAGGAAAAUGAGGAAACUGAUACAAAAAUAGAUAAGGAGGAAAUUCCACAGGCUGACGUGAAAACCACCACGUGGCUUUUUGAAACCACACCUUUCCAUGAAUUUAAUGAAAGUAGAAUUGAAAAGGAAGAAAUUGUAGGAAAAAGUGUGAAAGAAACUUUAAAGGAACUUUAUUCACAGAAAGUGGUAGAAACUCAUGGAAUUAUCUUGGAGGCAGAUGAAAUUGGAGAUGUCCGCAUGGCAAAAUAUAAGUUGAUGAAUCAGGAAGCUCCUGAAAUACAAAAGGAAGAGAUUAUUAAAGGAGACUUAGCCAGCAUCAUGAUUAACCUCCUGUCCAAACAAAGUUCUCUGGAAAGAGAAACUAAAGUAAAUGAAGAUGAAAAAGGCAACGUAAAUUUGACCAAAAAGCAACUGAUGAAUAGCUCAACAGCUGUGCGUGUUGAAAAAGAAGAGGUAGUGAGAGGUGAUAUACAGCAAGCCAUUAAAAAACUGUUUAAUAAGGAUCGUUCUGUAAAACGUGGGAUUUUAAUUCAGGAAAGCGAAAGGGGGGAUAUUAAUAUGACAAUCUAUUCUCUCUUCCACAAAAAAGAAAGCAAUAAAGUUGAACAAGGUGAAGUUAUGGGCGGUGAUGUAAAGCGUACAAUUCACAGUCUUCUCUCUUCUGUGAUGAAUCAUGAAAUAUCAGAAAGACCUAAAAUAGAUGAUUCAGAAAGGGGCAAUGUUCAGUUUUUUACAACUUGCAUAGAAGCUGGAGCUUUGGACUGUUUGAAAUUACUCCAGUCAGAGACAAAUGAAACAUUUGCAAGCAAAAAUCAAGAUGAGGAAGAGGAAAUAAUGGGUGGAGAUGUUGAAGGCACUAAAUUAUUACUAAAGAAAAAGAAGUCUCAAAUACAGCGGACAGUUAAUGAAGCUGACAUAAUUCCUGGUGAUGUCUGUAAUGCCCUUAAGAUCUUUACGACUGAGGCACAAAAUACAUCUUGUCAUGUAGACCAAGAAGAAAUUAUAAAAGGUGAUCUGAAGACAACUUUAAAUUCUUUAAGUCAGGCUAUUAAUCAGACCGCUGUUGCAGAGAAGGAAGAAAUUGCAAAAGCUGACAUCCAUGCAAUUUUGAAGUCUCUUCAAGAAUCAGUUUAUCAACCAAGAGAAACAGAAAAACCAGAGGUCAUUAUUCCUGGUGAUAUUAAACAGACCAUUGAAUCUCUGGAGAAAGCAAUAGAAACAAAAAAUGAAGUCUUAAGAGAAGAGGUUGUCCAAAAUGACCUUGAAACUACACUAAGAUCUUUAAAAGCAGUUCAGCAAUCUUCCAAGGAAACAGACAAAGAAGUAGUCAGAGGCAAUACUCAAACUGCUAUAGAGAGCUUGCUGGAUACCUCUGAAAAAACAAAAUCAAGGCAAUGCCAAAGAUUCACAGAGGCAGAGGCAAAACAAAGUAAUGAAAUGCUGAUGAAGCCAUCUCAACAAUUAGUUCAGAAUAAAGUCAAUCCAACUGAACGCUUAAAAAGCAAUAAUACAUUUCUUCAGAAGGAAGCGAUGUCCCAAAAGAAGAGUUUUCUCAUAGAAGAUGCCAAAGCAAUCCAUUUGGAUCAGAGAUGGAACACCAAGAGCCAUGAGAUGGAGAAAAAAAAUAUGAAGGCCUUAUCUAAAUCUCAGCACAAAGUCACCGAAAAAGCAGAUACGUCUGUAGAUAAAGUCACAGCAAAGAGACACAGAGAUCAGUAUGUGAUUGAUCAAUCUACUUUUUGUAAUAACGCUGAGAAGAAUGAAAGAUCAGAGAAAUCAGAGGCAAGCAGAAUCUUGAUGAAGGGCCAUUCAACCAAUGACAUGCAGGCUGCAAAACAAAUGACGGGAAAGAAACAAAACAUCUUUCAUGAAUAUAAAGAUGAAAAAUAUGUUGAUGUGAGAAGUCAGGGUGAGACGAAAGCAAAAUCAGUCCAGCCAACAUGGGAUCACCAGAGCUUCAAUUACAGAGGGACCCCGGAACAACUGAUCAACCAGUCAACUGGCCUGAUUUCCAAAGCAGCUGGUCAUCUUGAAACAAAAGAGGUGCAACAAGACAGAAAGCAAUCUCAGCAUUCAAAGGAGGUUUGCAGAGGGAAGAAAAAUAAUGUUAUGGCAAGCCAAGCUCAGGUUUCCAUGGCAUCAGAGCAGAAUGUAAAAACCAAUCAAAAAGUCAGAGUCACACAGGAAAUACACAAGCAAUUUAAAGAAGCUGAAAGGAAGCAAAAGUGGAGUGAGAAAUCCAUUUUGAAGUACUCAGGAAAAUCUAAAGUUGAAGGUGCUGAUGAAGACUUGAGGGUUCAGGUGAAAAAUCCUGGGAAUCCAUACAGGAAUCCUAAAGGCUCUGAUAGGUCAGAAAUUGAUUCUCCACCACCUCCUCCACCACCACCUCCACCUACACUUCCACUGACUUCAUCUGAAGUUGACUUUCCUUUGCCGCCCCCACCCCCUCAUUUAUUGAUGCCUUGUAAUAGACAGAGAUUUCCUUCUCCACCAUCACCAUCAAAUGAAGGGGUUAAGACAGAGCAUGAGAGUUUUCCUCCUCCACCGCCCACUACAGAAGAGAAAUAUGACGAUGAAUUGACAUCUCAUCUGCCUCCCCCACCUCUCCCUCAGCCGAAAGAUCAUUUCUUCAAAAGCCUAGACAAAUCAGUUCAAUCUCAGGACAAGAUCCCAUACAACACAAAACAUCUUCAGACGGAAGUUAUAAAAGAAUUAGAAGCGAGGCAGUGCAAAGCUUCUAGAAAAAUGCAACCAAGGAUUAUUCAGAUGCCCAAAGAGGUUGAUAAGGCAAAUACCAUGGAAGAAAGGACAGAAUGCUCAGUUACGGAAACUAUCGGUCUGGAAGUGUCACCAUCAAAUAAGACAUUUCCACAUUUUAGGUCUCCUUCUCUUCCAGCAGAGGCAACACAAGCAUCACCUAAGCCUAAUGUACGGAAAUUUAAAACUCCCUUAAUGAUUGCAGAAGAAAAAUACAAACUGCAAAAGGAACAGAUGGAACAAAAACAAGCCAAGGAUGUUUGUCAACUACAUGUAAGAAGGAACAGUGAAACAUGGGGGAGAUUAGCUCAGGCAGAGUCAGAAGGUGGCCUGCCAGUGCCAAAAUCAUAUAAACAGGAUGAAAUCACUCGGUCGUUGCCCUCUGAAGUUCCAGCUACACCUACUGAGCCUGAAUGCCAAAGAAAGCCUCAAGUCACCAACUCAGAGGCUGAUGACCUACAGCCCUUAGCAAAACAAUCAAUGGCUGAACAGUCUCAAAACGUUUCAAAGUGCUCGGCAGAAGAACACCUCAGGAAAAAAGCAGUCCAUGAAUCACAACAUCUUAUAAAACAGAGUGUAUCUUCUGAAAAAGCACAGACCCACCAAGAACAUGUAAUAAGCAAGAAAGAGCAGCACCAAAAAGAACAGUUGCAUGUGUCAAGUAAUAAAGCGGUAUGCCCUUCUUUCAAAGUUAGAACCAUCCAGGAUCCCGCUUGUGAUCACACCUUACCUAAAGACCAGAGGGAUUCCACGAUUUAUAAAAAGCAAGAGGGAUCAAGUGUGCAUGGGGUUCUGAAGCAACCAGUUCAAGAAAAACAGAAAGAAAAGAUAAGUAAGAAAAGCGCUGCAGGUAAUUGUAUGAAAAUGGAUGGGAAAACCCACAUGGAAAAAACACUUUAUAAAUACACAGAAGGCAGACAAGAAAUAGGGGAUAAAGAAUCCAGUGGAAUGAAACAGAGAUUAAUUCAAAGAAAGGAAACGGAGAAGGACAACAUGAAACAAGAAAAACAUUCUUUAGCUAUGGAAGGAAAGGAAAGCCAGGUAAUUGCUAACCUCAAAGAAGAGAAAGGAAUAAUUCAAAGAAAAGAACAAUCGGCUAGCAGUAAAUCAGAAAAAAUGGUUAAGCAAAAAAUAAUCAAUAUACAUAACAAAUUUCAGACUGUGCAUUCUAAACCAGAACCAACUUUUGUUUUGGAGACAAAUGUUCAGAAUAAAAACCUGUCUCAGGAAAAAAAUAAUCUACAAGGACAGGGAGAAUAUAUCUUGGAAAUUACCCCAGAACAGAAAAAAAGCCCUCAUAAAACACCAGAGCCAAAAAAACAGCUUGUGCAAGAAAAAAUGCUACCAUCUAGUUUAUCAAGAGGAUCCCUGCAGAAAAGUGAGAAAAACUCAGUAGACAUAUUAGAAUUGUUGAGGAAACGGGAGGAGAUACAACAGCUGUUGUCCAGAUUGAAAGAAUUUGAGAUGGAACCAAGUAAAAAUGGGAUGAAAACAUUCCAGGUGUUCUUAAGUGUUAUUCCAGAAUGGCUGGUAGAACAAGAAAAGAAGCAAGACUUAAGUUACAUUGCACAGGAAGACAGUGUUGAAAAGAUGAGAGAAGAGUUGUUGGUUAUUAAAGAUCAAGCCUCCAAAAUACUUCACUCAUGUGAAGAUGCAAUCCAAGCAGCCAUGAUUUCAACAAAUUCCCUGAAAUGUAAAAAAAAUGUUCAUAGCACUGGAGGAUCAAAACAGAAAAUAGCUAAAGUGACUAUUGGAUCCAGCAGAAAAGAUUCACAGAAGACUAAAGAAAUGUCCAAAGAUACCAUGGUACACGAAAAAGUAAAAGAGAAAGUCAACGAAAACAGAUUUUCAGAAAUCAGAACUUCUUCACCAUCUCUAAGAACUCGAGCACCUUCACCUACUUACAUCACAAUUGAAUCUAGAUGUAUUGAAUCUCCUUUCAGGGAUUUAUUAUCUCCAGUCCAAAGAGAAAGCCCUCCAGUUCCACCAUCACCCCCACCAAGAUCUACUACCCCAACAUCUAAGAUACAACAGUCAUCUGCCCGUUCUGAGCAGCUUGCAAAACUUAAAGACACUACAGUAAAACUAUCUCAAGGGGCAAUCCCAAAUAGAUCAGUAACUCCAAUUCCUUUUGUGGAGAAAAGGUCAGAGAUUGUUAAAUCUCCUGCAACCCUCCGUCGGCAAAUCAAGAUUGAUACACGUCAACCUGACGUUUGCAAAGUACCAUUUGCAAAUGACACACAUGUAACUGCAGAGGCAGUGAAGAAAGUCCACGAAAUGCAUGAAGAAUCCCAAGUAAAUCAAAUGUACAUCUCUCAAAAGGGUGGGAGCAUUCCAGAAGAGCCCCAUGGACAAAGUGUAGGUUCUAUUUCCAUUGCACAUUGCUUUGAGGUACCUAAGGCUGGUCCUAAAGGGCUUAGGCAUAGGUAUGAAGCAUCUGACCAGGUGAUUCACAUAAGGAAGGAGCCAGACCUACCUGAAACAUUUGGCAGUGAAUAUAAAACAGAUACAAUGUCACAGACUUUCAAUGAUCAGACAUUAAGUGAGGGAAAAUCCAAGAACAAAUACAUUGAAAAUGGUACAAUGAGUGACAAGUCAAAGGAAGUGAGGUGUAGGUCGAGAAAGGGACGACUUAGCCAAACUUCCCAAGAGCAAGUCAACACAAUAAAUAAUUUCCAAAAAUCUCCUGGAAAGCAUCAAAGAGAAUCAAAGGAAACCGACUCUAAGAAGCAAAACCAGCGUGCCAUUAAAGAGCAUUCUUGUGAACCCAGGGCGUGCUUUGAUGUGAAGUCCCCCAUGGAAUGCUCCUAUGGCAUGGAGUCUUUUGAGAACAUGGUCACUGAAUCUAGAACCGCAACCUCCACCGCCCAGAGCACAGAUGGGACUAAGUCAGGAUUUGGCUUCAAACGGGCACCUCCAACCUACGAAGAUGUAAUCUCAGGGCAUAUCUUAGAUAUUUCUGCUCCCGAUUCACCAGAAGAUCUUUUAAGAAAUUUUCAGAAGACUUGGCAGGAAAGUGAGAGAGUGUUUCAAAGCCUCGGCUACACUAUGUCAGAAGCUACUGAAGCAGAAGUGAGAAGUAGUUUCCACGAGGAAGCAGAGUUUAUCAGUGAAACUGCAACUUCAGGGAAAGGAAACAUGCCUACUUUGUCAAAAGAGAGUUUAUCCAAUGGAGUGCCUAGUGGCCGACAAGCAGAUUUUCCAUAAAUCAUGUUUUCGGUGUCACCAUUGCGGUAGCAAAUUAAGCUUAGGAAAUUAUGCUUCUCUCCAUGGUAAAAUAUAUUGCAAACCACAUUUUAAGCAACUUUUCAAAUCCAAAGGAAAUUACGAUGAAGGCUUCGGACACAAGCAACAUAAAGAAUUAUGGAUUUCCAAAAAUCAGAA